AUGUCACGAAGACGUGCUUCCGAUUUUGCUCACGAUCUAUUCCGAUCGAUAUUUCAUCGAUUUCGAAGAGAUGAUACUAAACGAUCCCUAUCAACUGGUGAUCUAGUUGAUAAUUAUAUGGAAAUGGAAUUCACGGAGCCGACUACGAGUACACUACCGGCACAUUUUGACGAUUGUGAUCGUGUUCCUAUGCAGUUCUCCUCAUCCACAUAUCCACGACUUUUAUCACAACACGACCGUACAGCACAGAAACUGCUCCGAUGUGGAAGUGAUGUGGACAGCAGUUGUGCUUCUAUUGCUGAUUACAAUCGUUCACAAAUAUGGUUCUAUCAAGGUAUGGAUUCAAAGAAAGCCGAAAGAUUAUUACAAAGUGCUGGAUGUGGUGAAGGAUCAUUUGUUGUCUCGCAACAAUCGAUGCAGUAUGUAUUAUCGUUCAUACAUGCCGGUACCGUACACCAUAUCCGUAUCGGAUAUUCGGUUAAAGAAAGUGGUGAAGCGAAAUUUCGACUCGAUAUUGAUCGCAGUUUCAAAAAUCUUCACGAUCUCAUCGCUUACUACACGAAACACAGAUCAUUCAUAUUACCGAUGAAAUUGAAACGUGGUGUCGCUCGACCGCUACGUAUGCAGCACGAACGAACGCGAGCUUAG